GCCGGAGCGCCGCGCGGGGGGCGGGUCCGGAAGUGACGUCACGCCGAGCGGCGGUGAGGCGGAGGGGCCGCGGCGAGGCGGGAGCGGCGGCGGCAGCAGCUCUGCACAACCAUGGCCACGGACUGGCUGGGCAGCAUCGUGUCCAUCAACUGUGGGGAGAGCCUGGGCGUGUACCAGGGCAGGGUGUCUGCUGUGGACCAGGUCAGCCAGACCAUCUCCCUCACGCGGCCCUUCCACAACGGCGUCAAGUGCCUCGUGCCCGAGGUCACCUUCAGGGCAGGUGACAUCACUGAGCUGAAGAUCCUGGAGAUCCCGGGGCCUGGGGACAGCAGGCAAUGUGGGGACACACAGCACAUGGACACGGCCAUGCCAGGGGUGGGCUGCCAGGUGGGGCCCAGCCAGAACGGCACUGGCAAGGUGCUGAAGAAACCCCUGUCCAGCAGUGCCCCACAGAACAUCCCCAGGAGGACGGACAUGAAGAGCCAGGACAUUGUCAUCUCCCCACAGCAGCAGUGCUCCAAGAGCUACAUGGACCGACACAUGGAGACGCUGAGCCAGCCCAAGGGCUUCCGGCGGAGGCACAACUCCUGGUCAUCCAGCAGCCGCCACCCGAACCAGGUGACCCCGAAGAAGAGCGGCCUGAAGAACGGGCAGAUGAAGAGCAAGGAUGAUGAAUGCUUUGGGGAUGACAUUGAUGAAAUCCCAGACACUGAUUUCGAUUUUGAGGGCAACCUGGCCCUUUUUGACAAGGCAGCUGUGUUUGAAGAGAUCGAGACUUACGAGAGGAGGAGCGGCACGCGCUCGCGAGGGACCCCCAACGAGAAACCCGCCCGCUACCGGCACGACGAGAACAUCCUGGAGUCAGAGCCCAUCGUCUACAGGAGGAUUGUGGUACCCCAGAACCCCAACAAGGAGUUCUGCACGGACUCGGGGCUGGUGGUCCCCAGCGUGUCCUACGAGCUGCACAAGAAGCUGCUGGCAGUGGCCGAGAAGCACGGGCUGACCCUGGAGAGGAGGCUGGAGAUGACAGGGGUGUGUGCCAGCCAGAUGGCCCUGAGCCUCCUGGGGGGGCCCAACAGACUGAACCCCAAGAACGUGCACCAGCGGCCCACGGUGGCGCUGCUCUGCGGCCCCCACGUGAAGGGGGCACAGGGCAUCAGCUGCGGGCGGCACCUCUCCAACCACGACGUGCACGUCAUCCUCUUCCUCCCCAACUUCGUCAAGAUGCUCGAGUCCAUCACCAACGAGCUCAACCUCUUCAGCAAGACACAGGGCCAGCAGGUGUCCAGCGUCAAAGACCUCCCAGACACCCCGGUUGACUUAGUGAUCAACUGCCUGGAUUGUCACGAGAAUGCCUUCCUGAGAGACCAGCCUUGGUACAAAGCAGUGGUGGACUGGGCCAACCAGAACCGUGCCCCCGUGCUGAGCAUAGACCCCCCCAUCAGCGAGAUGGAGCUGGGCAUCGAUGCCAAGUGGUCGCUGGCCCUGGGGCUGCCGCUGCCGCUGGGCGAGCGCGCCGGCCGCGUCUACCUCUGUGACAUUGGCAUUCCCCAGAAGGUCUUUCAGGAGGUGGGCAUCAACUACCACUCACCCUUUGGCUGCAAAUUUGUCAUCCCCCUGCACUCCACUUAGAGCCCGUGCAGCGCUCUGGCUCUGAAGGGAGAGAGAGGAGGAGCUCUGUGAAAGCCAAGCUGUGCGCUGGAUCCCGCCUGGUCGACUCUGGUGACGCCUUAAAGAAAAGAAAAAAAGGAUGUGGAGUUCUGGAGGGUUUGCCUUCUGGAAGAAACGCUGUGUAUUCAAAAAGAAAAAAAACGGAAUAAUCAUAAAAUGAGAUGAAAAAAUACCCAACAAACAAAAAAUGAGGAGGAAGAAGAAGUGAAUUGUUCCUGCCAAGCUGUUUUCAUUCUCUCCUGCCGUGGGAUGAAGGAGUGUGCAGGACCAUGGUGUCUGUCCCCUGCUGCUGCCCAGCCCUGGCUGGCACAUGGUACAAAUAAGGCUGGUUUGGAGCUUUGAGAUGUGUUUUGGGUCCUUCUGGUUGACUAUUCCCAGCAAGGACAUCCUGGUGGGAGCAGCAUCCCUUGAUUGUGUAGAAAUCCCUUGUGUUGAGGGAAAAUCUCGUUUGGUUCCCAUGUUGGUUCUGGCUGCCCCAUCCCUGUUCUGUGUUCUGGAAGGCACUUGUAGCUCCCUCUGCUUCCCAGCCCGUCCAGCCCCUCACAGAGAGGGUUCCCUCUUUGGAGAGCUUGUGUCAGGAGCCAGGGGCUCCCACAUGCUCUGGGAGCACUGAUGUCCUUCCUCAGCUAGGCCUUACUGCUUAUGGCUUUUCUUUGUUUGCUUCGUGGCUGAAGCCCAGCUCUGUGGGGUGGAGGCCUGGUGUGGAAAAUAAUUUUUCCAGCCUCCUCGUGGGGUGUGGGAUUGUUUUCUUUUGUUCUUUCUCUGUGCUGGCCUGGUGAGUGGCUGCUCCAGGGCUGGGGGAGUGCAGCAGGCAGGGCAGGUUGCUCUGGGGCUGUUGGGUGCUGUGUAGUGCAGGUGAUGUUCAGGGUAAUCUCCCCUGUCCUUCCAGCAUCCCUGCUACCUUUGGUAUGCUUUGGGAAGUAGCUCCUGGGUCUGUUCAUUCCCGUUGGAAUCAAAGCCUGUGUACGGGGUGGGCUUGGCUGGGGAGGGGUUUGGCUCCUGUCUGCUGGCAGGAGAGGGCGUGGUGGGAGCUGCUGUGCUCCUGGAGGGCUCUGGAAUUCCCUGGGUGGGAUUUCCAUCAGAAAUCUGCUCUGCUGUCCCGUGCCUGGCCUGAAAUGUUGAAUUAUCCUUUCCUGUGUUCCUUUUGCUGGCCUGGGUGAUCCCAGAGCAGGGACGAGCCGAGGAGCCACCAGCUCCCUGGCUUGGCAUCAGCUUGGGCACCCACCCUGCUGGCUCCGUGUGCCCCCAGAGCCCAGCCAGGGCUCUGCUCCUGGGAGGAGCUGGGAACGUGGGCAGUGCUGGGAGCUCUGCUGCUCCUCUCCCACUUCACCCACCCCCAGGGCUCCCGCAGGCUCCCCAGCCCUGCCCUGGCACCGGGGAGAGCCCCGGGUGCUGCCUGUGCCCAGGGGAGCCGGAUCCCUCGGGAGGCUGCAGCACAGGGACCAGUCCCAUCACCAGCCCCACAGCCCCGCUUGUGCCCCGUGCUGGGGCUUUAGUCAGGCACUCAUCUUUCCUUUUCUCUGUUAGAACCAAGGCCAGGGCUGCCAGGGGAGGAGGGAAGAGCUUCCCUGCUCGGAGGAAGCCAUUACUGGGUCCAGCCUGGGAGUGUGGGGGGCCCUGGGGGCUGCUGAGCCCCGGGCUCACCCCGAGGCCUGGCCCCUGCACGUUGCCAUAUCUACCUCAGCAGGACCAGGGCUGUGCCCUGCUGGCUGCAGCCCUGGUUCCCCUCAGCUGCUCUGGCCUGGGGGGCUGUGCCCUCGCUGUGUCCUGGGCACAGGGGACAGAUGUGCCCCACGGUUCAGCCCCGGCUGCGGUGGCACCGCCCGGGCUGUGCUUCUGACUGGGACAGGACAGCAGUGUGCUGGUUACUCACGACACAAACACAAGGUUUCCCUCUGCCUUCUUUGGUUUUUUGGCUGUUUCCUUGGAUCUUCACCCGGGAGCAGCAGCAGGUUAAAAAGGUUGUUGCUGUAGUCAGUGUUAGCUUUAGUCCCCUUCCUUUCACUCUCUUUGCUCGAGACACUCAGUAGGAGGCUUGCUGUUUCAAUUUCUGCUUUCUGCAGGUUUUUCCUGCCCUUUCUGGGUUUGGCUGUUGAACUGUAGCUUGUACACACGGACCAGGAGCAGGGCAGGGGCAGGCCAGGGUGCAGCUGCCCUGCCUGGAAGGCACUGGGGCAGGUGAUGGUGUUUUUGCAGGGAUGGAGCUCUGGGAAGCACCAAGGCCCUGGUUGUUGCCAGCCUUGAAAUGCUUCCCCACGUUGAACUAUAAAAAUAAAGUGAAUGGUGUUGCACAACAGGGGCGUUCAGCCCCUGCUGUAGGGACCGGGAUUCCCAAAUCUGUGCAGGGUUCAGGGCACAGUGUGGGGCUGUGCUCACUGCCUGCUGCAUUUGGGUGUUUGGCUGUGCUUCCCCUCACUGCAGCUCUUUGUUGGCUUCACACACCUGCACUGUGAGGUACCAGCUCUUUGGAGCACCCAGAGACCCAGCGCGGGGCCUGGGUGUCCUCAUCGCCACCCCUACGGUGCCAGAGUGAAUUCCAAGAGCAGAGCACUGCUGUGGCUGUGUUGGGGAUGGUUCCUACCCCCAGCAGCACAGCGCUGCCCCCGGGUGCUGCUCUGGUGCCAGGUGAGGAUCACUGUGCCCUGGCACUGCUUGGUGACCCCCUUUGUGACCUGAUGUUUGUAACGACCAAUUCCUGCCACUGCGGGGGACCAUGCCCUGAAAUAAAGUGCAACUCUUCAUGUGUGC